AUGUCUCUGCCGAAUAAAGAUGAUCUCGCGAAAUACUUUCCUACGUCAUUUGGAAAAAAAUUCAAACCUCCUGUGGUGGUAGAUGAAUCGGUGGAGGAAGACGGGCAACCGGAUCCUCUAAGAUCCAUGCUACCCGCGUCAUUCGGCACGCAAAAAAAAAAGCACACCGCGGAAGAUAUCUUUUCGAAAACGAGAAGAAAGGAUGAUGAGAGUGUAACGGCGUUGGCUCUUGACCCGGCUGGUGCGCGACUUAUUACAGGAAGUUCUGAUUAUGAUGUGAAAUUCUGGGAUUUUGCGGGAAUGGACUCUUCGUUGCGCCCAUUCCGAACUAUAAAGCCUUGCGGAGAUCACAAGAUUCAUCACAUCGAAUAUAGUUUGAGUGGGGAUCAAUUCUUGAUUAUUUCCGGCUCAGCACAGGCAAAAAUUUAUGAUCGCGAUGGAUUUGAGAUCGAGGAGUACAUUAAAGGCGAUCCAUAUAUAAGAGACAUGAAGAAUACAAGUGGUCACAUAGCAUCAUUGACAUGCGGAGGUUGGCAUCCUAGCGAAAAGCAGACAUUCAUUACAGGUUCUACGGAUAGUACCAUUAGAAUAUGGGAUGUAGGGAGUAAACGUAAACAAAAGUACGUUCUUGUGCACAAAUCUAAAGAACGUGGUGGUCGAAGUGCCGUAACUGCAGCACGUUACAGCCCGGAUUCCAAAUUCAUUGCUGGUGUGUGGGAUAUACGGAAUUUCAAGUCUCCAGUAUCUCAGGCCAAAGAUUUGCCGGUAUUUGAUCCGGAGGCUAACGUAAUAUUUAGUCCUGAUGAGAAACUGAUUAUCACUGGAACUGCCGUUAAAAAAGGCGAGGGCUAUGGCAAACUUGUGAUGAUGGAUCGUAACUCGUUAGAGAUUGUUCGAACAAUGAGCAUCACACAGUCAAGUGUUAUCCGAGUGCUAUGGCACUCCCGCAUAAAUCAGAUUAUUACUGGAAGUGCCGAUGGAUCCGUUCAAGUGUUCUAUGAUCCGAAUACCAGUGUACGGGGCGCCAAACUUUGUGUCGUGAGAGAACCUAAGAAGCGAGCGAUUGACGAAUACGAAAUAAAUCGCCCAAUUAUUGCCCCACAUUCCCUGUCAUUAUUCAGGGAUGAUAGGCCCAAUGGACCUGGAAAGGGUGGUAAAAUUGGCAGUAGCUUGACGGAACACAUUAUGAAAGAAUUGAUCAAGGACACCACCAGGGAUGAGGAUCCGAGAAAAGCUCUAUUGAAAUUUGCACAAGUUUCUGAAGAUGAUCCACAGUGGAUUGGAAAAGCAUAUAAAAAGACACAACCAAAUCCCAUAUUGGCUGAUACCACGGGAGAGGAGGAAGAAGAAACCUAG